AUGGACGGGUCUGCUUCUUUACCCUUUCCACUAUCACCCCAAAGAACGGCUCUGAAACGACAAAUGGUGGGUGACUCUCGAUUUUCCUUUAAUUUUCAGUCGGAUGAGGAUUCAAUGUUGGGAGCGUCGAGUCCGAAGAAAGCACAUUACGAAGAGAAAAUCAGCGAUGACUUCGACGGAAUCAGAAUUUACGAGGACUCGAGCGCGUCUAGUUCUCCACAAACACCGAUUAUUGUCGAGGAAGAUUUCGACAGGUUUGAAGAGUAAGUUUUUAAGUCAUUUUCUUAUAAAUUAAGGUGAUGUCAAAUGAAAUACCGUAUUUUUAGAUUGUUAGAUUUUGCCUCAACCUCUUAUCAGGAUGACACAUAUGAACAGCCAGUUGUUGAAGAGCCCGCUGAAGAUGAAACCCUCGUUCUCACCGAUGAGCUUAAGGAUUAUAUCCAAAGGAUGAAGAGCCAGCCGUUUAUCCUUCGACAACCAAGGACUGGCAAAGAAUUGAUUCUAUAUAACCAGAACGACAUGAAUUCAAGGAUUCAGGAAGUGGAAGACAAAGAAGACGAUGAGUUCGAAGAAGCCGAGCCUCCAAACGAUCUAACUCAGCAAUUCGAGGCCGCUGGAGAUGAGGAAGAUGCCAUGGAAAUAGAUUGA